GAGACGAGGAGCAAACCCACGCCGACGGCAACGUCCCGAUUCGGAUCUGUAUUUUUUUUUUUUUUUUUUUUUUUAAAUUUGGGAUCUUUUCGAGGGGACUUGACGUGGAUAAGGAAAAAGAAGAAGAAGACGCGGAAAAAGGGAGAUUCGAGGCGCCUGACGACGGCGGAAUGGCGGACAGGGACCCGUUGGUUCCGAUACCCGUGGAGGUUCGGGCCAAACUGGCCGAGCUGGAGUUGGAGUUAUCCGAAGGUGACAUCACACAAAAAGGUUACGAGAAAAAAAGGUCCAAGUUGAUUGGCGCAUUUUUCCCACAAGGGCCAGGUACGGACACCUCGGGCGGUCAGGAGAGGAGACCGCCAGCCACGCCGUCCGCAGCCUCACGAUACCACCGCAGACGCUUGUCCGGCUCCCGGGACGAGCGCUACCGCUCAGACAUUCACAGUGAAGCGGUGCAUGCGGCGUUGGCCAAACAUCGCGAGAGGAAGAUGGCCGUGCCCAUGCCGUCCAAGCGGCGCUCCCUGGUGGUGCAGAACUCCAUGGAGGCGUACACACCGCCAGAUACCUCCUCCGGUUCUGAGGGUGAGGAGAAGGAGGAUUACGAGGAGGGAGAAGGCGGUGAAGAAGAGGACGGAGGAGGAAACCGUGGCGAAGGAGGAGGAGGAAUGUCAUCGAGCCUGGAGGGCAGCAUGAGCAUGGAGCACUGGAUCAGCCGCGCCAUUCACGCCACCUCGUCCGCCACCAACACCAACUCCUCCACCGCCUCUUCGUCCUCGUCCUCUGGCAACGGGGCAAUACCCCGCGGGCGCCUGGCCGAGGUUCUGGCCCAACACGUCCACAUCUCUGCGCACCAGCACCACCUGCGUCUACAUCAGCAGCACCAGCAGCACCACAAGACCGAGGUCUCCUCAGCUCCUCCAGACGUGACGAGUUACACCAACAACACUGCAGUUGUUGAUCGGAUCCAGGCAGAGAAAACACCAGGGGGCGACGGUGGCAGCCCGGGCCAGAGACAGACACCCAAGUACGGCAACGCCGAGUUGAUGGAGACCGGAGACGGCGUUCCAGUCAGCAGCAGAGUUUCAGCCAAGAUCCAGCAGCUGGUCAACACGCUGAAGAGACCCAAAAGACCUCCGCUCCGAGAGUUUUUUGUGGACGACUUUGAGGAGCUGCUGGAGGUCCAGCAGCCGGACCCCAACCUGCCCAAAGCCGAGGGGGCCCAGAUGGUGCCCGCGCAGGGGGAGGACCUUGGCGUGGUCACCAACUGGCCACCCUGUCUGGAGGCGGCCCUGCAGCGGUGGGGGACCAUCUCCCCCAAAGCCCCCUGCCUCACCACCAUGGACACCAACGGGAAGCCACUCUACCAGCUCACCUACGGUAAACUGUGGUCCAGGAGUGUGAAAGUGGCCUACAACCUGUCGCACAAGCUAGGAACCAAACAAGAACCUCUCAUAAGACCCGGAGACAGAGUAGCACUUGUGUUCCCCAACAACGACCCCGGCUCGUUCAUGACAGCGUUCUACGGCUGCCUGCUGGCUGACGUGGUGCCUGUGCCUAUCGAAGUGCCUCUGACCAGGAAGGACGCGGGCAGUCAGCAGAUUGGCUUUCUGUUGGGCAGCUGUGGCAUCACCGUGGCUCUGACCAGCGACCUCUGCCACAAAGGACUUCCUAAGAGUCCCACUGGGGAGAUACCGCAGUUUAAAGGCUGGCCCAAGCUGCUGUGGAUCGUCACUGAGUCCAAAUACUUGUCCAAACCCCCCCGAGACUGGUUCCCCCACAUCAGAGAUGCUGGACACGACGCCGCGUACAUCGAGUACAAGACGUGCAAAGAUGGCGGCGUCCUGGGUGUGACGGUGACGCGCGCCGCCAUGUUGACUCACUGUCAGGCCCUCACGCAGGCCUGUGCCUACACCGAAGCUGAGACCCUGGUCAACGUUUUGGAUUUCAAGAAGGACAUUGGACUCUGGCAUGCUGUCCUUACUAGCGUGAUGAACAUGAUGCACGUGGUGAGCGUCCCAUACGCCCUUAUGAAGGUCAACCCGCUGUCAUGGAUCCAGAAAGUGUGUCAAUUCAAAGCCAAGGUGGCGUGUGUGAAGUCCCGCGAUAUGCACUGGGCACUGGUGGCGCACCGUGACCAGCGCGACGUCAACUUGGCGUCUUUGAGGAUGCUGCUGGUGGCCGAUGGCGCCAACCCUUGGUCCAUCUCGUCGUGUGACGCCUUCCUCAACGUCUUCCACACCAAAGGUUUGAAGUCUGACGUCAUUUGUCCAUGCGCUGGCUCACCCGAGGCGCUUACUGUCGCCAUUAGGAGGCCUGUGGAGGACGGAAGCGUGAUACCACCGCGCGGAGUUUUGUCCAUGCACAGUUUGAGUCACGGAGUCGUAAGACUCGACUCGGAGGAGAAACUCUCGGUGCUCACCGUGCAGGACGUCGGAUAUGUCAUGCCCGGAGCCGUGAUGUGCGUGGUGAAGAUGGACGGCGUCCCUCAACUGUGUAAAACAGACGAGGUUGGCGAGCUGUGUGUGUGCACGGUCGCCACGGGGACGUCCUACUACGGCCUCAGCGGAAUGACCAAGAACACCUUUGAGGUUGUUCCUGUUAACAGUGAGGGUGCUGCCGUCAGUGAGUUUCCAUUCACCAGGACUGGCCUGCUGGGCUUCGUCAGCGUGUCGGGUCUGGUGUUCGUGGCGGGCAAGAUGGACGGCUUGAUGGUGGUGGGCGGGCGACACCACAACGCUGACGAUAUCGUAGCCACGGCGCUCGCGGUGGAGCCCAUGAAGUUUGUCUACAGGGGGCGGAUAGCGGUGUUCCCCAUCGAGGUACUUCAUGACGAGAGGAUCGUGGUGGUAGCUGAGCAGCGUCCCGACUCAACAGAGGAGGACAGCUUCCAGUGGAUGAGCCGUGUACUGCAGGCUAUAGAUGGUAUCCACCAGGUCGGCGUGUACUGUUUGGUUCUGGUUCCGUCCAACACGCUUCCCAAGACUCCCCUUGGAGGCAUCCACCUGUGUGAGACCAAGCAGCACUUCCUGGAUGGGGCGCUGCACCCCUGUAAUGUCCUCAUGUGCCCGCACACCUGUGUCACCAACCUGCCCAAACCCAGACAGAAACAACCAGAGAUCGGUCCUGCCUCUGUGAUGGUGGGAAAUCUGGUGUCAGGGAAGAGGAUUGCUCAGGCGAGCGGAAGAGAUCUCACUCAGGUCGAAGACAAUGACCAGUUCCUGUUCCUGUCUGAGGUGUUACAGUGGCGAGCACAGAGCACACCUGAGCAUGUACUCUACACACUACUCAACUCACGGGGUACGACAGCCAGCUCGGUUACGUGCUCGCAGCUCCACAAGAGAGCCGAGAAGGUGGCCGCCAUGUUGGCUGAACGGAGCCACCUUCAGGAUGGAGAUCACGUCGCGCUGCUAUACCCUCCGGGCAUGGAGCUGAUCGUGUCGUUUUACGGGUGUUUGUACGCUGGCUGCGUUCCUGUCACCGUGCGUCCACCUCACCCGCACAACAUCUCUACAACGCUGCCCACUGUCAACAUGAUUGUCGAGGUGAGUCGUUCUGUAUGCGUGCUGACAACGCAGGUCAUCUCCAAACUGCUCAGGUCCAAAGAAGCGUCGGCCACCGUGGACAUGCGCACGUGGCCACCCGUCCUGGACACAGAUGAUUUGCCAAAGAGGAAAGCUCCUGUGCUGUACAAACCUUCCAAUCCUGACACGCUAGCGUACUUGGACUUCAGCGUGUCCACCACCGGCAUGCUAGCUGGAGUCAAAAUGUCUCACGCGGCCACCAGUGCCUUGUGUCGCUCCGUGAAGCUUCAGUGCGAGCUGUACCCGUCCCGAGAGGUCGCCAUCUGCCUCGACCCAUACUGUGGCCUGGGCUUCGUCCUCUGGUGCCUUUGCAGCGUGUACUCGGGCCACCAGUCCAUCCUGAUCCCGCCGUGCGAGCUGGAGGCCAACGCGUCAUUGUGGCUUUGGGCCAUCAGCCACCACAAAGUGCGAGACACGUUCUGUUCGUACAGCGUCAUGGAGAUCAGCACCAAAGGGGUCGGACUGCAGACGGACACGCUCAAGAGUCGCGGUGUGGACUUGUCCCGUGUGCGGACAUGCGUGGUGGUGGCCGAGGAGCGCCCCCGGACGUCUCUGACGCAAUCCUUCUCCAAGCUCUUCAGGGACCUCGGCCUUCACUCGCGAGCAGUUAGCACCGCCUUUGGAUGCCGCGUCAACAUGGCCGUCUGCCUCCAGGGAACGUCUAGUCCCGACCCGACCACCGUCUUCGUGGACAUGAGGGCGCUGCGUCACGACAGGGUGAGACUAGUCGAGAGGGGAUCACCUCACAGUUUGCCCCUGAUGGAGUCUGGGAAGAUCCUUCCUGGCGUUCGAAUCAUCAUCGCCAACCCGGAGACCAAGGGACCAAUGGGAGAGUCUCACCUGGGAGAGAUUUGGGUUCAGAGCGGUCACAACUCGAGCGGAUACCUGAGCGUGUAUGGGGAUGAGGCUCUGCGCUCCGAUCAUUUCACGUCCAGACUCAGCUUCGGAGACACGCACAGCGUCUGGGCCCGGACGGGUUACCUGGGCUUUCUGCGCAGGACGCAACUCACUGACGCCAACGGAGAGCGUCACGACGCGCUUUACGUGGUGGGCGCCUUGGAGGAGGCCAUGGAGCUGCGGGGGAUGCGGUACCACCCCGUCGACAUCGAGACAUCCGUCAUCAGGACACACAAGAGCAUCACUGAGUGAGCUGGCCUUGGUGAAAGAGGUAAAGAAGAACCCAAAGAUCACUGCAGCUGAGCUCCAAAGAUGCAGUCGGGAGAUGGGAGAAAGUUCUAGAAAGUCUACCAUCACUGCAGCCCUCCACCAGUCGUGGCUUUAUGGGAGAGUGGCCCGACGGAAGCCUCUCCUCAGUGCAAGACACAUGAAAGGCCGCAUGGAGUUUGCUUUCUCUGGUCUGAUGAGACCAAGAUAGAACUUUUUGUCCUUAAUUCUCAGCGGUAUGUGUAGAGAAAACCAGGCACGGCUCAUCACCUGUCCAAUACAGUCCCAACAGUGAAGGAUGGUGGUGGCAGCAGCAUGCUGUGGGGGUGUUUUUCAGCUGCAGGGACAGGACGACUGGUUGCAAUCGAAGGAAAGAUGAAUGCGGCCAAGUACAGGGAUAUCCUGGGCGAAAACCUUCUCCAGAGUGGUCAGGACCUCAGACUGGGGCGAAGGUUCACCUUCCAACAAGACACUGACCCUAAAUACACAGCUAAAAAUAACGAAGGAGUGGCUUCAGAACAACUCAGUGACUGUUCUUGAAUGGCCCAGCCAGAGGACGGACUUAAACCCAAUUGAGCAUCUCUGGAGAGACCUUAAAAUGGCUGUCCACCAACGUUCACCAUCCAACUUGACAGAAGUGGAGAGGUUCUGCAAGGAAGAAUGGCAGAGGAUUCCCAAAUCCAGUGCGGUGUUCACGUGGAGCAACCUGCUGGUGGCUGUGGUGGAGCUGGCGGCUUCGGAGCGAGAGGCAUUGGACGUGGUGCCGCUAGUGACCAACGCCGUGUUGGAGGAGCACUACCUGAUCGUGGGCGUGGUGGUGGUC